AUGAAGGCUGUGGAGGAGUACAUGUUAAAUGGCCCUUUUGUGUGCAACCUGCAGAUGCUAGGCAACCUGCAGCUGAUCCAAAAAGAAGCUGAUGAAGCAAAAGAGAAGGCCCUGGAUUACAGUGAGAAGCUCAGCAAGGUGGCAGCAGACAAAGACAGCAGUGACCAGAAGUUAUUUGCUGAACUGGAUGACCUGACGAGAACAAAACAAUUCCUUGAAGAACGUUUGAUAGAACUUAUCAGAGAUAAGGAUGCUUUGUGGCAAAAAUCAGAUGCUCUGGAGUUCCAGCAGAAGCUUAGUGCAGAGCAAAGGUGGCAAGGGGACACAGAGGUUAAUCAUUGUCUGGACUGCCAGAGAGAGUUCUCAUGGAUGGUGCGCCGACACCACUGCAGAAUGUGCGGUCGCAUUUUCUGCUACUACUGCUGCAACAACUACAUGGUGACAAAGCCUGGUGGAAAAAAGGAGCGUUGCUGCAGAGCUUGCUUUAAUAAGCCUAGAGUCAUUGUGGACAGUACAGAUGACUCUGGAUCCAGUGCCAACCAGGAAGGAUCACCUGCGUCAUUGGAAUCACCUGUGUCACCAUCUGAGAGGGCUUUUGUUGCAAGUGAAGCCUCUAAACCACCAGAUGAUGCAGCAUUUGAUAUAAUCACUGAUGAGGAGCUGUGCCAAGUACAGGAAUCAGACUUUCUCCACAGUGAAAGUCAGAUGGAGGGAGAGUCUCUGGAUCAAAGCGUGACAGAUCUAAACAGCACGUGUAAUUCUUCAACCUUUGAUGAAUCAGAAGAGUGGCAAGUUGCUCAAGAUGCUGAGAUAUGCUUGUUGAAGUCAGGAGAAAUCAUGAUCAAAUUACCCCUUACAGUGGAAGAGAUUUUAAAUUUUGGGGAAAGCAACAGAGAGCUGUUCAUUAAAUCCAGCACCUACAGUAUCAUUCCCAUCACCGUUACAGAGAUGGGGCUAACAAUUAGCUGGAUCUUUUCAUCAGACCCUAAAAGCAUAUCCUUCAGCGUUGUCUACCAAGAAUCAGAAGACACACCACUGGAUCAGUGCAAAGUUCUUAUUCCUAUGACCCGCUGCAACUCUCAUAAGGAAACUAUCAGAGGACAGGUUAAAGUCAGAAACUCUGGAAUCUACACGCUGAUAUUUGACAACACCUUCUCUAGGUUUAUCUCAAAAAGAGUGUUUUAUCACUUGGCUGUCGAGCGACCUGUCAUCUAUGAUGGAAGUGAUUUUCCAUAGCCUUGAAUAUACUGUGUUAUUUUUAAUUAAAUUUUUAAGAAAUGCUAUUAUUUAUGUACACGUAAGCAUUGUGAUUACCACUGUGUUUGAAGACUUUGAAACUAUGCAAUAGUUAUAAUGCACUUAGAGAACAUGUAUACACUAAAAAACGGAAGCCUUUUUAGGAACACUAAUGGUUCUGUACUGUGUACAGAUUGCUGAAAAGCCAUGUUGUUUGAUUUAACAGGUCAAUAAUAACCAAAUUUCUUUCAGUGGGGAGAAAAAUAAGUGUGGGGGUGUCUAAAUACAAAUUGAAAUUCUCUACUGAAAAUUGAAUUACUUUUCUGCCAAAAAUAUCCUUCAAAAGGAAAUUUAAAGAAAAAUGCGUAUUUUU